AUGAGUGACACAUUGUUUGACAAGAAAGGUAGCACGACUUCCAAUGGAGUUUUUCAUGAUGAAAAUAAUAGCGCAUAUCCCGUCGCUAGUUCCUUUAAGAGCAUUAAAACGCCAACCACGACUCAAGAGUUGAAUGAUGUCUUAAGUCGCUACCAGCAGUUACUUCAGUUCUCUCGUGAUGCCUUGGACAAGCAUGAAGCUUACCAAAAGAUAGCCGAACAACACCAACAUACGUUUGGUGAUGACAGCGAACAGAAGGCCUUCAUUGACCCAUAUGAUCAAGAAUUGAGAGCACUCGAAAUUUGCUUACAAAAGGUGAGCAUCAACCACGAAGAGUUUCUCGACCAAGAAGACGUACUAAUAAAAGAUCUUCUUCACUCAUUUGAGGGGCUCGUGGCGGAAAAUAGCUUGGAUACCGAUUUGUUUUCGAAGCAAAUCGCAAGUCUUCAAAUACUCCUGAAGAAUUUAGAUUUACCGGAGGCCCUCCAAUCUUCAUUAACAACUGAAGCCGAAAAAAUACCAAGCGAUGGAUUCAAUUUGGGCAAUAUUUCUCGCGAUGUUUUUGAGAAAUAUUUUUGUUCCAACGGCUGUCGUCGCCUCCGUGGAGAUUUCGGCCUGAUGUUGGAAGAGCUUGGCCUUACUGAGCCUACUUCUGAUCCUCAGUCUAGCCCUGUCGGAAGCUACUACAAGGAUCAGCUUGUCGGCCAUAAGAUUGCGAACCGAGCAUAUGACUUGGAGCAACUUCCAGCGAACUUGGGGUCAUUCAGUCAUGCCGGAGAAAACCAUAGUCUCGACAGAUUGAAAGUCCGUGCCUUAAUAGAGUUGAAGGCUCUUCUGGUAAUAGCCAUUCAAAAGAGGUUGAAAAAUGCGAUCUUCCGCAAGCUCUCUUUAACCGCUCACUAUGACUUUCCUGCCCUCAAGAAUAAUGCGUUGGUCUUACAGGGAAGACGGGGUUUUUACAUCCGAGAAAAGAUCGAACAGCCUAAUCCAGAGCUUUUGGCUCUGCAACUUGAGAAUAAGUUCAAAUUAGAAGCCGACGCGAAGAAACAUAAACUUCAGGUUGAUAAAAUCAAUCGAAUCUUGGAAAAUACUAGACUCUCGAACGAAGCAAAGCUCAAUCGCAUUGGCAAGAAGGCUACUUUAGCAAGGUUCAUUCAUAAUUUCCAUAACACAACGGAAAAGGAAGAAUCGAAGAAGAUGGAGAAGACUGCGAAACAGCGUUUGCAGGCCUUGAAAGCUAACGAUGAAGAAGCCUAUAUUAAGCUUUUGGACCAAACCAAAGAUCAUAGAAUUACUCAUUUGUUGAAACAAACCAAUAGCUUUUUGGACUCUUUAGCAAAAGCAGUGAAGGUUCAGCAAGCAGAACAAGACGAGGUAGAAGAGGAAACAGAAGACACUGUUGAUGAAUUAAGGGAGAAGAUUGACUACUACCAAGUUGCGCAUAGAAUUAAAGAGGAAGUGAAAACACAGCCUUCUAUUCUUGUUGGUGGAGAAUUGAAGGAAUAUCAGAUCAAAGGCCUUCAAUGGAUGGUUUCUUUGUACAACAAUAAGUUGAAUGGUAUUCUAGCAGACGAGAUGGGACUCGGAAAAACGAUCCAAUCCAUUUCACUUAUAACCUAUCUAAUCGAGAAGAAGGGCGAAGAUAAAUUUUUGGUUAUUGUCCCGUUAUCAACAAUCACAAACUGGACGGUUGAGUUUGAAAAAUGGGCACCAUCCGUCAAAGUGAUCGUGUUUAAAGGGUCGCCACAGCAGCGUAAAGAAUUACUGUUUGAUAUCAGAAUGGGCAACUUCCAGGUCAUGCUCACAACAUACGAGUACAUUAUCAAAGAAAGGCCAAUGUUGUCCCGUUUCAACUAUUCACAUAUGAUUAUCGAUGAGGGUCACAGGAUGAAGAAUGCCAACUCUAAAUUGUCGGUCACUUUGAAGCAAUACUACAGGACGAAGAAUAGGCUAAUUCUCACAGGCACACCUUUGCAGAACAACUUGCCAGAAUUGUGGGCGUUGCUUAAUUUUGUUCUUCCGAAGAUUUUCAACUCGGUCAAAUCUUUUGAUGAAUGGUUCAACACACCGUUUGCUAACACUGGAUCCCAGGAGAAGAUUGAGUUGACUGAAGAAGAGAGCUUGUUGGUGAUCAGAAGAUUGCAUAAAGUUUUGAGACCAUUUUUGUUGAGAAGAUUGAAGAAAGACGUGGAGAAGGACCUCCCGGAUAAGGUUGAAAAGGUCCUCAAAUGCAACUUAUCCGGUUUGCAACACAUUCUAUACCAGCAGAUGUUGAAGCAUAACGCGCUUUUUGUUGGAUCGCAGACAACAGGUACCAAUAAUAAACUGGGUAUCAAAGGCUUAAACAACAAGAUCAUGCAGUUGAGGAAGAUCUGUAAUCAUCCUUUCGUGUUCGAAGAAGUGGAAGACGUGUUGAAUUCCACCCGUCUCACGAAUGAACUUCUCUGGAGGACAUCGGGUAAGUUUGAGCUCUUGGAUAGAGUCUUACCCAAAUUUAAGGCAACGGGUCACAAGGUCUUGAUAUUCUUCCAAAUGACCUCUGUCAUGAAUAUUUUUGAGGAUUUUUUACGGCUUAAAGAAAUGCGCUAUUUGAGAUUGGACGGCGCUACUAAAGCCGAGGAUAGGCAAGAUAUGUUGAAAGCUUUUAAUCAACCUGAAUCCGACUACUUCUGCUUCUUAUUAUCGACCAGAGCGGGAGGCUUGGGUCUAAACUUACAAAGCGCCGAUACUGUCAUCAUUUUUGACACUGAUUGGAAUCCACAUCAAGAUUUGCAGGCCCAAGACAGGGCUCACAGAAUAGGACAAAAAAAUGAAGUUAGAAUUCUCCGUUUAAUAUCCAAUGACUCGAUUGAAGAAGUUAUUUUAGAAAGGGCUCAUCAAAAAUUAGAUAUUGAUGGCAAAGUCAUCCAAGCUGGUAAGUUCGACAACAAGUCUACUGCGGAAGAGCAAGAGGAAUUCUUGAAACGUUUACUUGAUGCUGAACAAGGCGACAAGGAGAACGAAGAAAAUGAUUCAUUGGAUGAUGACGAGUUGAACGAUAUAUUGGCUCGAAGUGAGGAAGAAAAGAUCCUCUUCACCCAAAUGGACACCGAUCGUAUGGUGAAAGAAAAAGUCGACUCUCGCCAAGGCGGUUACAGUAACAGACUUAUCGCGAAGGAUGAACUUCCUGAAGUGUUCAAGGAGGAUAUCUCUCAUCAUUUUGAAAGAGAGACUAAGGAACUCUCUCGUAUGCGAGAAAAGAAGAAGGUAAAAUAUGAUGAUGGUCUUACCGAAGAGCAGUGGCUCAUGGCAAUGGACGAUGACAAUGACACUGUCGAGGAUGCUAUACGUCGCAAAGAAGAAAAACGAGCUAGGCGGAAGAGAAAAGCCACAGGAGAAGGCAUGGGCGACGUCGAUGGUGACGUCUCAGAUGAUUCUGAAGAUGAUUCUGAUAGAGAAGAGCUGAGGAAACGUGCACGUCGUGAUAGCACAAGUCCUCUUGAUAAGGAGCAGGUACUGAAUGGUGAUGAUGGAUUGCGGACUAAAUGUACCGAGGUGCUUGACCAUAUUCAGAGCAUGGAGUCAAAGAGAGAUGGCCACCGGCUUGCGGAAAUAUUUCUCAAGCUCCCCUCAAAGAAGAUCUACGCCGACUACUAUAAGGUGAUCAAAAGGCCUACUGCCAUUAGCCAAAUCCGGAAACACAUCUCGCAGGAUAGGUACGAUAGCUUUGAUGCAUUCUUGGAUGAGUUGAAACUUAUGUGUGUCAAUGCGAAAACCUAUAAUGAGGAAGGAUCGUGGGUCUAUGAAGAUGCCGACGAACUCAACGAUUACGUUAACAGUCUUUGA